AGCUUCCUUGAAAAAAUAGUCCUCACUUUUCGUUCUCCAGGCUCUCUUCUAUAAGUUUUGUGCUCACCACACAGGAACAGGCCCUCACAUUGUCUGCUGACCUUUCACAUUUCCACAGUAGCUGGGAGGGAUUGUGCGUUUUUUCCGUUCUUUGUUAAAACGUCCCCCCACCCCUAGUUUUAAACUUCAAGAUAGUUCAAAGGGGCUUCACAAAGUCAUUCAGUUCUAGCACUUAGAAGUUCAAGUAGAUUUCUGAGUAGAAGACAGAGAGGUAUGGCAGAGAAACUUUAUGUUACAAUAUGCUGUCUUGGACUGAUGAUUUUGGCUUCUUGUACUUUGGUAAGGACACAUAUCUACUCUGCUGGAUCUUCUGCUGUAGGCUCUAUAUUUGAGGUUCAUGGAAUAUCAACCUUUGAUCAUGGAUUGCCCGGUCAAGAAGAAUCAAUAAAAAAUGGAAAUAAUAUACAUCCUAAGCAUGAACAGAAACCAAAGCCUAUUUCAUCAGAUACCAAGGGGACACAGUCCCCAGAAAUAGAACAUCCUAAACCAAAAACAGGGAAAUGGUGUCCUGUUGUGCGCAAACGAAUUGUGACCUAUGUGGAUGUCUGUAAAACUGAGAAGUACGUUAUAAGGUCCCAGCAGCCGUGUCCCCAUGGAACAGCUGACUGUCAGAAAACCAUGUACCGGAUAGCACAAAAACCAAUUUAUGAACUUAAAAGGAAAUUUGUGACCAGUUUGGAAUGGAAAUGUUGUACUGGAUAUACUGGUUCCACUUGUGAAUAUGCUGAUCCCAAUGCUAUUCACAUUCCUUUGGAUCAUAUAUCCAGUUCUGAGAAAACUGAGGAAUCUCUACUGAGCGCAGAGGUGACUGAAAUAAUUAAAGCUGUUGAAAGCCAAGAAAACCUACUGGAAGAUAUUCAAAAUGAUAUUCAUGAGGCUGCAAGUCAUCUUCAGGAUCUUGAAAACGCACUGGGGAAUAAUUCAACUAUUGCACUUGGCAUCAGUCAGAAUCAGUCAGAAAUAGAUGACCGUGUCGUCCGGGAAAUAGUAUUACCACAUAUAGAAAAUUUCCUCAAAGCUCAUUUUAGUCCCAUAUGGAACAGUUUUAACAAAAGUCUUCAAAAUCUUAAUGGUAUGGUUAAGAACCUUUCUGAAAGUGUUGAGAUUAACAGAAGAACAUUGGAUAUAUUCUUGGAGAAUUCUGUACCAAAGAAAGACCUCUAUGAGCUAGGGACUAAAUUUGAGUCCAAAAUUCAAGAAAAUUUUGAUAAACUUGAACAACUGAAACAGCAGAUAGAUAACAACUUCCAUACACAACAAACUGUGAUCCAUCAUAAUUUGACCAUGAUAAAAGCUGAUGCAGAUGUAAAGUUGAAACGGAAUCUGAAGUUUCAACAGUCACAGUAUUCCUACUUAAACUUUAGCAUUGGAGAACUUCGCAGAGGGCAAGAACAACAUCAAGAUGAUCUAUUAGAUUUGGCUCAAAAUAUCACACUACUUUGUUCCCCAAGACAUGUAGAACUAUCUUCUACUGCAAAUUACCAAGUAAAUGAAACCCUUAUAGAACAUGAGACCCAGAUUAAAGAUUUAUUGACUGAAUCAGAGGCAGCUUUUGAAAAUAUUAAUAUUCUGGAGAAAUGGUUAAAGGAACUCCGUACCGAAUUUAAACAGAAUUCAGAAAAAGUCCAGAUGCAGUUCAUGGAAAAAAGCCUCAUCGUGGAAGAAAUCAAAGAUCUAAUUCAGAGGCAGAUAAUGGAACUUAAUUAUACUGUUAACAGUAUACAAAACAGUAGUGAUGAGUUAUUUGAUAAUUGUGACUGCCACAAAAUGAAUUUGGACAUAAUUGCUCUUGAGGAAAUACAACGGAACUUCUCAAAUCAAUUUAGAGAUGUUUUAUAUGGAAUAGAAGAUGUUAAACAGAAGGAGGGAAGUUCAAAGACAUAUCUGCAGCAUUCUGUAGAAGAUUUAGCACAGGCCCUUCAGUUUAACCGUCAAUCUCUUGCUGCCCAACAAGAACAAGGACGAAAGUUAAUGCUCAUCACUUCCCAGUUGCAAAUUCAAAUAAAAAACCUUACAGAAGAUGUCAGACAUAUUAGGAUGGACAAUGGUCAGAUCCACAAGCAUAUUAAACAUCUAGACAGUUCUUUCAGCUCUCUUCUUGAAGAUGCAACAAGACAUGAGAGAGUGUUGGAAGCUCUGCUUGGAGAAGAAGCUCUUGAACUUCUGUCUGAAGAUAAUCCAGAAGCUGUGUAUAUGACAGUCAUAAAAAUGCAUGAAGUGCUGAACAACACUUUGCAUGUGCUGGAAAAGCAGCUGCUCAAUACUGAUUCAUUGAGUGAACGUUUGCAAUUCUUGGAGAUGCAUUAUGGAAAUCAAAAUUCUCCUGAUUCCCCUGCCAUUUUCAAUGUUGAGCAACAUAAUGAAGGAAGAACACUUGAUAGAUCCUUACGGAGUGGCAGUUUAGAGCACAUGGAGCCAAAUCAUGAAGCAUCUAGAGAUCAUGAUGCUAAUGAAUUUGAACACAAUGAUAUUAUGAUCUUGAAAAGGGAUCUUCAGUAUCUCUAUGCCAAAGUUAACGAGCUACAGUCUUCAUUAUCUAAUUCAACACAUUCUAAAAAUGAUACAAUUAGAGAUGCUUUAAAACCAUUUAACACUUCAAUUAUUUCUAUAAAGUUGGACAUUGAAAAUUUAAGAGAGCUUUAUAAUGAACACAUCCAGUUAUUCCAUAAGGUAUUUGGAAAUUAUGAAGCAUUAAUUUCUUCAGAUGUACCUCUGGAUAUUGAAAAGCUCAAGUCAUUCAUUGAUAAAAAAAUGAAAAAAAGACAAAAAGGAUUAGAAACACAAAAUAAAAAACAAAAUAAAAAACACAGUGAAGAACACUGGCAAUCUGAUGAAACAGGAUCACCCCAUCAAGAUCCUCUUGUUGCAUUCAGUGCAAUUUUUACCACUGGUGCUGAAGGAGCAAAAAUGAUCCGAUUUAAUGAUAUUGAUCUUAAUUAUGGAGAUGCAUUUUCCUCAGAUGGCCACUUCACAGCUCCAUACACUGGAGUCUAUGCCUUUUCAAUAAGUGUGGAUUUUGGCGUUGGUAACGGACUUGGAUAUUUGGUUUUUAACGGACGACACAGUAUUUCCCUUGAAAACAGCAACACUGAGCCAGCAGAAGGCCUUAAGCACCAGUUUGCAGUUGUAGAGCUUAAGAAAAAUGAGAAGGUUUGGUUUGAACUAUUUCAGGGGUCAAUCAAAAAGAACACAAAGAAAACUUCUCUGUCUGGUUAUCUGGUAUUCAAAACGUGAGCUUAUAUCAGUAGACAUUACAAGAAAUCUCUGACGUCCACUAUAUAAUCACUGAAUUUGAAAACAGAAUACAGUUUGCUUUCUUUUAGCGAUCCUGUUUCCAUGACUGGCAAUGAUUGAACAUUCCUUUGUUAGCGCUAACAAUUUUCAAGGUUCGACUAUCCAUGUUAAUGCCAGUUCAUAUGAUUUCCAAAUCUUUCAGCAUUCUUCCUCCUUAAGACCUUUCAGUUCUCCGGACAUUCAUGAUAUGUUUUUAGAAAUUAUUUGUAUUCUUGAUGAAAUACCGAUGCUGGAGCAUCUUUUCUUAGAACUCUGUGUUAUGCCAUUUCUCUGUUAUUCCUACUGGAAAAGUUUUUAAAAAAAAGAACAUGUAGGUAUUACCCUUCCCCUUGUCUACUGAUCAAGGAGUUUUAGAGUGUGCGGGGACACACCUCAUUGGUUACUAAAACAGACAUAUCAGCAAAGGUCAUAUUUCCUCUUUAUCUUUCUUAUGUAUAGACAUAUACAUAUUGGAGCAAUAUAACAUACGGUCAACACCCAUGCAAUAAUGCCCAUUAUUUAUGAACGCCAAGAAUAACAAAGACCAUCGGGAUUGCAAAUAUUUUAAAGCUUUAUUUAGCAGUUAAAAUAAAGUAACAUCCAAUAAAAUAAUAAGCGUGAUACAGGAGCAUAAAUGGAAGUAACAAACAAUUCAGGGAACAACCCUGGUAGGAAUCACAAAUUCAAUGUAAGUAAUUGUAUUAAUUGCACAUAAUCCCAAGGAAAUCACAUUAGAAGCUCAAUAAGUGCAAGUACCUUCAAUGUCUAUAGGAAUGCUAGUAAAGCAGCCUGCCAUAGUGCUUAAAACAAGUAAAAGGUGCAGACAAAAAACAUAAAAUAAUAGAUUACCAACCAGGAAGACCCAGCCCCCUCACACACGUUUCACCUAAAGCUUGAAAAUAUUUCCAAUCCCGAUGCUCUUUCUUAUUAAUGGUGUUUAUUUAUAGACAGUAAGGUUACAUACACAUGACACAAAAAAAUGACCAUGAAGAACAGACACAUGUUUUUCAUGGUCAUUUUGUCACCAUUUUUGGAGCCACUUUCUGGCUAUGAAUGCCCCCAUUAGUGUUACUCAGUAUUCACCCCAUCGACCCCCAUUCUGCUUGUGUUCAAACCCCCCAAAAAAACUCAUCCACUUUCAGGCGCAAGGAAACUCUCUCUUCACUGGAUGCAGCAGGAAAGGGAUGUCAGGUCCUUUUGCAUCUAGUGAAGAGCAAGUGUCUCUGCAUCCAAGUGGAUGAGGUAUUAUAAUUUUUUUAUUAUUUUUAUUUAAUCCCUGAAAGACCAAGUGUAUCCAUUUUGGGUGCACUCCUGUCUAAACGUCCAUUAAAAAUGGUACCAUUGAUUUCAAUGGGGUCUGCUGAACAGUGAAAGCGGAAAAUAAAUAGAACAUGUCCUAUAUUUUUAGGCUAUUUGCCGGCCAUUAAAAAUAGCCAUGUGAAUAGCCCCAUUGACUUCAAUUGGUUCUAAAAAGAGUCAUCAAACAUUUCCUGUUUGUAUUAUGUAACUAUGGUGACACAUAGGUCUGCAUAGGAGUUGCAGACACAAAAUAGAAAGUUAGGGGGUCAUUUAUCAAAUAGAAAUGCUAAAUUAGGCAUAUUUCUGGCACAUAUUGCGGUGUAAAGAUCCUUUGUGUCACAAUCUGAGGCUUCUCCCUGCCUACGCAGGGUAAAAAAGUGGAAGGCAGGCCUGUCUAAUUUACCAUUUUCUAUGCCUGUUUUAGGAGUAGAAAAUGGUCUAAAUGUAAGACAGCUAGGAAGCUGGCUUACAGUUAGACCGGCAGUGGAUCCACCGAAGUUAUGAAGAGGCCGGCGCCUCUUUAUAACUGCAGUAGAUCCACCACCAGGUAUAGGGGUUAUUAAAACCGGCAUCUAAAAUAUCGGUCUUAAUAAAUGUGCCCCUUAAUUUUUGAUCAAGACAAAAUGCAAAGUUGACUGAUUAUAAAGGCAUUUGAGUAAUAAAACAUGGCUGUAAACAUGCACAUAGUCUUUAAUGUGCCACUAAUGCUAUUAUUUGUGAAUUGUGCACUUUAUAUACCUGGGGUACUUUUUAUAAAAGUCCACAUACCUGGGUGUGCCAUUGGGUGAGGGUCAGAGUGGCAAAAAACUGUAAGGGCUCAUGCGCACGAACAUGGAUGCCACCCGUGUGCCUUCCGCAAUUUGCCGAAUGGAACAGGCGGCCCAUUUUAGAAAUCCCUAAUCUUGUCUGCAAAAUGAACUAGCAUAGGACAUGAUCUAUAAUGUUUGCAAGGCCAUGUAAUGGAGUAACGAUGGAGUAACGAUCUUUUGUGGCCCCAUUGAAGUGAAUGGGUCCACAUGUGGAACCAUACCACGUUUGUGUGCAUGCGCCCUAAGAAGAGACAACACCAGUGGGGUGUAGCCCUCCACAGCAAGUAGUUUUUUUCUAACAAUAAGCUAUUCCUCUAAUCCCAUCCUAUCCGCCUAAUGCCCCAACACAAUAAGAAUGUUGCCUUAGUGCCCCCUAGAUGGUAAUAAUGGGCUUAGUGUCCCUCAGACAGUAUGAAACCCCUUUAAUGCCCCAACAGAAUAUAAUGCCCCUUAGUGCCUCCCCACACAGUAUGAUGUCACUUUAGGUCCCCAUGGCAAUAUGAUGCCACUAAGCAGCACCCUGACAGCAGGAUGUUCCUAAGUGCCCCUCCUCACAGCAGGAUUAUGAUCCCUUAAGUGCCUCAGAUUGAGGCCCUUAAAAGGGUUCUCCGGGAAUUGAGAAAAUGAAAAUAUUUAAAUAUUACUUCAUUAUAAAUAUAUUCCCAAAUACCUUACACAGAAGGACAAGUUACUUCAUAGCACUGAGGUAAA